AUGAUGGUGUCGCAUUCAACAUCAUCAAAUUUAUCUGAAGCAUUAAUAAAUGUGAAAAAAAUGGAGCAAAAUUUUCUCAAUCGUGAAUUCACAUUUAUUGAUCGAGAACGAAAUAAAAUUCGUGCAAAUGUUGAUCGACAUAUGGAAACAUUUUUACAUUUAACACGUAAACGUCAUGAAACAUGGUAUCGACAUGAUAAACAUUUUCGUGAAGCUUUAAGAAAAGAAAAAGAAAAUCAUGAAAAACGUAAAGAACGUAAUAGACAAAAAUUAUUAGUAGCCGCUAAUCCAAGCUAUAUUCCACGAGCUCAUACACCAUUUCAACCACUUAUUACUGAAAAUAUUGUUCUACCACCAAUUACAACACCAACAGGAGAAACACCGACAAUCAAAGUAACAACAAUAAUAGAAGCAACAGCAACAACAACGGCAGAAGCAAAAAUUACACCAGAAAUAACAACAACAACAACAACAGAAAUACCAACCGUCAAUAAUAUACCAACAAAAAAAACAAAACAUAAUACAUCAACAAUAACACCACGUGCUGAACCAAUGACAAAAGUUGACCGACGUACACAUCAAGUUUUACGUGCUUCACAAAAAUUGCUUGAUGAAUCAGCAGCAAGAUCAAGAUAUAAAUUUACAUCCGAUCGUCCCUCAUCAACAUCAUUUCAUCAUAAACGUCCACCACCACCACCAGCAAUAUCAACAAGUUCAUGUUCAUUUAAUAGUGCAACACUUAUUGUACCUAUGACAACAUCAAUUGAUUGUGAAGAAUAUGAUCGUUUAGUACAUGAAUCAAUACAACAGGAAACAUUUAGUGAAAUGGUUGAUCAUUUUGUUCAAUUUCGUCCUGAAUUUCGUGAACAAUUCGGUCUUAUUUAUGAAGCUACUAAACGACAAAAAGCCAUCGAAAAAUUACGAGAAUUCAAUCAAAUACAGGCAAAAACCAAAGAUGAACGUUAUCAUAAAUUAAUUAAUAGUCUUACUGAUGUCCGUGCUGAAUAA